AUGCCGCCCCGACGCUCCCAGCUAACCGACCCCACUGGCAUUGAGCGUGUCCUUCCGCACGCCUUGCUGGGCCAGCGCGUUGUCGUCCUCCCCGACGGCUCGCUUCGCCUCGAAUGGCUCCCCGUCAGCCCACCGCCUACUAUCCCGACGUUCGCCACUGUCCUUUCCAACGCAGCGCACUCUGGCAUGGUCUGGCAAGGCCCCACCGUCUCGUUCUCAAACCCCCGCCCGCUCCCGCCGCCGUCCGAUGCACAGGACGUGUGGCACCGCACUAACGGCUUCCUCCCGCUGCACUACGUCCCCGCGCUGCCCGAAAUCGACGCUUCGGCGGGCUUGCCUGUGCGGAGUGCACCGGUGUCUAUCCCGUUCAAGCCCGUGUGCGGGCCGGGCACGCUCGGCGUCGCGAUGGCCGAGAUCCUCGCAGGUAGAGGCAUAGCGGAGGGGGACCGGUCGCUCUCGGCGUAUAUUUCGCCGCCGUUCCGGAGCGACGCACGGGACGCGUUCUUGAUUAUUGAGUGGCCCGGCCAUCCGCGGUUCAUCAGCCAGGUCCAGGUCCAAGACGCAGCGGGCUACCUCUCGAAGCGCAUCCUCGCGAUGCAGGUCGCCAAUGCGUUCUAUCAUCUCGCAGAGAUGGUGCAAGCGCAGCCCUCGGCGGACCCCGCCGCGCUGCCCCUCGGCUUCGACCAGCUGCGGCUGCUCGAGGUCGUCAGCUUCAACGCGCAGGACUUUUAUGUCCGCGUGUUGGUCGUGGGCCGGCCGUUGGCGCUGCCUUGA